AUGCAACACAGCGCUAAAAAUUCGAUUACAUCGAUGCUCAAAUCCAACCAAAUGCUGAUUUCAACAUGCUUAAUGGGAUUGGAGCCAGCAGUACUGGAACAUUUUCUCUCCAGAAAAAUAAUUUACACCGCCAUACAGGACAAUAAAUUCACGAAACAUUUCAAACCUUGCGUAGUUCGGAAAAUUAUGCGAUGUAUGUACCAAGUAGAAUACCCUAAAGGAAGUUUCAUCAUGGAAGAAAAACAGGAAGGCAAGAACCUAUUCAUUGUUGAAGAAGGAAAAUUCCAGAUAGAGCAGGAAGGAUCGGACGAAGCAAUAAUGGGAAUACUAGGAAAAUUAUAUGGAGAGGAAGAAUUCCUCAUGAGUCAUAGACGACUUUCGAAAAUUAAAGCAAUUACCAAUUGUAAAGUAUGGAAGCUAAGUCGGAAAGUAUACAAAAUUAUUAUGAAAAGUACUGGAGAAAAUGCAAAAGAUUUGGAAAUUUUGAGAAACUUUCCUUGGUUCGAAAAUGCCGAUGAAGAUAUGCUCACAAAAAUUGCUAAUUCUAUCGUACUGGAAAAUUUUGGUACUUACGAGGUUUUAAAAUUAAAGAACAACACCUUGUACAUCAUAAAUAAUGGCAGUGUAAAAAUACUAGAAAAUAAAACAGAUCAAGUUAAAGAAAAUAUCUUGGGAGUUUUGAGCCGAGGCGAUCACUUUGAAGGAAAUACCGAAUCGGAGAAUAAAAUGAUUGCGUUUUAUCCAGGGGUGGAAUUGUUGACAAUAGAUAUGGACAUCUUAAAAGAGUUGAUAGGAGAGAGGGUGGAUGUGAGGCAAGAAACUAUUUUGGAGCCAGUGAAUGAAAACACUACACACGAUGAAGACCCUAGCGCCGAUAUAAAAUUAGAAGAUUUGGAGGCAAUAGCUUCACUGGGAAAAGGAAGUUUCGGAAGAGUUGAUUUGGUUCGUUAUUCCAAGGAUCCAAACGAUAUAAAGCUAUACGCUCUGAAAGUGAUGGAAAAACAUAGGACAGUCAAAAUUCUUCAGCAAAGUCAUGUGAUCGAUGAAAGGAAAAUACUGUUCGAUUGUGAACACCCCUUUAUUAUCAAAUUACACAAAACAUUCAGGGAUGAUAUGUAUAUAUACAUGCUCUUUGAAGCAUGUCUAGGUGGACAAGUUUGGGAAAUAUUGAUGAAAAAUGGAUUUUUCAAUGACGAAACAUCUCGUUUCAUUGCAGCUUCUGCUAUAGAAGCGUUGGACUAUCUCCAUCGGAAGAAAAUUAUUUAUAGGGAUCUCAAAACUGAUAACAUGGUUAUAGAUCAGAAUGGGUAUGUAAAAUUGGUAGAUUUCGGACUAUCUAAACAUUUGGGAUUCACUGGCAGAACAUGGUCAUUUUGUGGUACACCCUGUAAUAUAGCCCCAGAAAUUAUUUUAAACUUUGGUCACGAUAGAGCAGUCGAUUACUGGGCACUAGGACUGAUGAUUUAUGAGCUUUUAAGCGGCUGUUCGGCUUUUUCGGAUUCGAAUCCUAGAAGAGCUUAUGAACAAAUUAUGGACGGUAUUGACUCAAUUGAUUUCUCUUAUCUCAUCGUCGGUCGUCCUGCUGAAGAUCUCAUUAAAAAAUUGUGCAGACAAGAACCAACUGAAAGAAUCGGCUACAGAACUAUUGAGGAUAUAAGGGAGCACAGAUGGUUCCAAGGAUUUGACUGGAAAGCACUUAUUUCCAAAAGCAUCAAACCUCCAAAAUGUAUAGUUCCAUCACUGAAGCAUCCUGCUGAUAUAUCUUAUGUCCAUCCUCUGGAAGUUGAUUAUACAUACACUCCAAUAAAGGAGGAGAGUAACUGGGAUCAAGCUUUUGAAUGAAAAACUCCAAUUAGGCGCAAACAUU